AUGGCCACCACCAGCACCACCACCACCACCACCAGCACCAAUCCGCGCCGCACAGUCCUAAUAACAGGCUCCUCCUCCGGCUUCGGCCUCGCCCUCACCCGCCACUUCCUCUCCGGCCCAUCAAACUGGAACGUCAUUGCCACCUCUCGCAACCCCCAGCGCACCCCGGACCUCGUCGCCGAAGUCGAGGCAUCUGGUCGUGGCGCCUGGCUGCAACUCGACGUCUGCGAUCCGCAAUCCAAGAUCGACGAGGUGAUCGCGCAGGCGGGUGGAUUAUUCCACGGUGCCGGUAUCGAUGUAGUGUUCAACAACGCCGGGUACAGCGUGCUGGGCGUGGUCGAGACGAUCGAUGAGGAGGCGGCGAGGAAGCAAAUGGAUGCGAAUUUCUGGGGGACGUUGAAGGUGUGCAAGGCGGUCAUCCCGGGGUUGAGAGAAAGAGGCAGAGGUGGGUGGAUCGUGAAUUUCAGCAGUAUUGCUGGCUUGAUGGCGGGGAUGACUUGUGGGGUUUAUGCCGGGAGUAAAUUCGCCGUUGAGGGCCUAACCGAAUCCCUCGCCCAAGAAAUCGCCCCCUUCAACAUCUCCACCCUCCUCGUUGAACCAGGCAUGUUCCAGACGAAUUUCUUCAACGAAUCCAACGCCAUGAACCUUGCCCCUUUACCCGCGCACUACCGCGGCACAGCCGCCGAAGAGCAGCACACAAAAUUCGCCAACGCUGGGAAGGCCACGCUCAGGGGUGACGUGGACAAGGCGGCAGCGAGAGUGAGAGAGGUGGUGGAGGGAAAGUUGGUGUUGGAGGGAAGCAGUGGGGAGGGGAGUGUGAAGAGGUUGAUCUUGGGGCCGGAUGCAUUUGGGCGGGCGGUGAAUACUCUGGGUGGGAAGUUGGAGGAGGUUAGGAGGCAAGAGGAGAUUAGUGGGAGUACGGAUCGGGAUGAUUUUGAUGGUUGA